UCCCACUCUGUCCGGUAUCCUCUAUCGUGAGCCCAGUCAGAGCAGUCAGUAGUGGUAGCCGGGCACCAUCUAGUUCUGGUCUCAGGAAUGGCUGCUAUUUUAAAUAGUUACUCUUUCCUCAAAUUGUUUUUAAUGAAUUUUAACUUUUCACCUAUGCAACUAAGUCCAUUUAAUCACGAAGUGGUAAAAUGGAAAGUGGUCUGUAUUAGCAGUGAAUCAUAAUCAUUGUUUCCUGAGGCAAAGUAACAUUAUUUUAUAAUGGACUUAAAGUAUAGAAAUUAAACAUUAUUUAAUCAGUCACCUUUAUGAACAUGAAAAUGCAAACUCUUGUUUUAUGGCCAGAACUUGGUCUUUCAUUUUAAAGAUUAAAAAAUAUAUGUAUCAACUGCUCUACGGAAAAUGUUUGUAAAAAUCACGUACUUUUUCUUUACCUCUCAAGAAUCUUUCCACCUUUAAAUUGUUUCAUUACUGCCUUUCAGUUCUUCCAUGCAAUUUCCUUUGUGACUCAGAACUUCAGUUUUUAUGAGAGGGUCUUGAAAUAUUGCCAAGAGAAAAAGGGGAACUUGCUCAUCUUGAUGUUGCAUCAGAAGUCAUAUCCAGUUUCCCCACCAGCCGAAAGAUCCCAAUCAGUAUAUUGUCUAUCUUUACAGCCACCAAGAAAGAAAAACAUAAGAAAAUUGGGGAAGCUAAGAUGUGAAAGAUAGAAUUGAUUUUUCCUAUCCCUAGCCCUAAAACUAAAGAAUGCUAGCUCAUCUUUACCAGCUUGCUUCACUUCUUCCAAGCAGAAGAUGUGAUGAAGUAUUCCUAGUUGGUGAGAUUAAAUCACGUGAAGGUAGAUCAUGAUCCAAAUUAUACCUGUACAUAUGGAAGAGCUCAGUGGUCUUUGCUAGGCAUCAACUACAUUAAACAUUCAUUUCAAACCAAACCAAAGACCCGUUGCCAUCGAAUUGAUUCUGACUCAUAGCAACCCUAGAGGACAGAGUAGAGCCACCCCAUAGGAUUCGAACUGCAGACCUUUGGUUAGCAGCCUAACUCUUAACCACAGUGCCACCAGGGUUUCCAAAUAUUCAUUUAGCCCUUAGUAAAUCUACCUCUGAUCUUCUUAAGGUAGAUUAUUUAAAAAAAAAAAUUAUUUUUCAGACUCUUGCAUGCAGAUAUUAAAACAGAGCACAGACACAUCCUUGAUGUGUAUAAGGGAGAGAGUCUGGCACUGGGUAUUAGAAGUCACACACCCUGCCACUAACAAGCUAUAAAUUGCUGUGCUUCUCUAGGCCUCAGAUUCCUGUCUUCUAAUAUGUUACAUAGGCGGCUGGGUGGUAUAAAGGGUUAAGCACUCAACUACUAGCUGAAAGGUUGGUGGUUUUAACCCACCCAGGGGUGCCUUGGAAGAUAGGGCUGGAGAUCUGCUUCUGAAAGGUCACACCCUUGAAAACCGUAUGGAGCAGUUCUACUCUGCCCACAUGGGGUUGCCAUGAGUUGGAAUUGACGCUAUGGUAACUAACAACAGCAAUACGUGAUACGAUCUCUAAAUUCUAAAGGUACUCCUCAUCUUUUACAUAAUAAUAGAUUAUGUACUAAUUUUACAAUCUGCUAAAAAUUUAUGAAAAUAUGUGUCCUAUUUUAGUUAUCUUGUGCUGUUAAAACAGAAAUACCACAAAUGGAUGGCUUUAACAAACAGACGUUUUCUCUCACAGUCUAGUAGACUAGAGGUCUGAAUUCAGGGCACCAGCUCCGGGGAAAGGCUUUCUCUCUCUGCGGGCUCUGGAGGAAGGUCAUUGUCAUCAGUCUUCCUCUGGUCUAGGGACUGCUCAGCACAGGGAGCCCAGGUCCAAAGGACACACUCUGUUCCUGGCACUACUUUCUUGGUGGUAUGCAGUCCCCCUGUCUCUCUGCUUGCUUCUCUUUUAUAUCGCAAAAGAGAUUGGCUCAAAAUACAACCUAGAUUUGUAGAUUAAGUCCUGUCUCAUUAACAUCAUAGAGGUAGAAUUUACAACACAUUGGAAGAUCACAUCAGAUGACAAAAUGGUGGUCAAUCACACAAUACAGGGAAUCAUGGCCUACCGACAUUGAACACACAUUUUUGGGGGACACAAUUCAAUCCAUAACAUAUCCCUUUACCUUCUCCAUUAAAGGGCUUGGCCAUUUUUCUAUAAUUUUUUUUCAGUUUUCUGUUCUCUAUAGGUAGGAAAAGUCAUUUACUUAAUAGAGAAUUUUAUUUCAAUUGCCUCAUAUGCAAGCAAAAGCUGGACAAAGAAUAGGGAUGACCAAAGAUGAACUGAUGCCUUUGAGUUAUGGUGUUGGUGAAGAUUAUUGAAUAUACCAUCGACUGCCAGAAGAACAGGCCUGUCUUGGAAAUCACAGCCAGAAUGCUCAUUGGAAAUGAAGAUGUGGAGGCUUGGUCUCACGUACUUUGGACAUGUUAUCAGGAGAGACCAGUCCCUGGAGAAACACAUUAUGCUUGGUAAAGCAGAGAGUCAGGGAAAAAGAGGAAGAUCCUCAACAAGACGGAUAGACACAGUGGCUGCAACAAUGGGCUCAAACAUAGCUAUGAUUGUGAGGAUGGUGCAGGACAGGGCAGUGUGUUGUUCUGUUGUACAUAGGGUUGCUAUGAGUCGGAACCAAGUCAACAGCACCUAACAACAACAUUUGAAGUAACAGUAUGAGCACAUCUUGUUUGCAGCUCAGACCUCACCUUAACAAGAAUCUUAACCUCAGUAGGAGGGAAAGUACAGGCUGAAUGUCAUUUAUUUGUUUCUACUCUUCUGUGCUCCCUGAAAGUAUUUAAAUGACUAUUAAAUAAGAGGCCCAGAAAUAAUAAAACCCUUACAUGUUAGGAUUGGAACUGAGGCAGGGAGAAUAUAGAUGUCCUAGGAGGGCAUCGGAAACCCUAGCAGUAUAGUGGUUAAGAGCUACGGCGACUAACCAAGAGGCCGGCAGUUUGAAUCCACCAGGUGCUCCUUGGAAACUCUAUGGGGCAGUUCUACUCUGUCCUAUAGGGUCACUAUGAAUCAGAAUCAACUUGACGGCAGUGGGUUUUAGGAGGGCAAUCAGGUGGUAUAUAUAUACUUUGUAUUUAUUUAUUCAUGAAUUUGUAUGUAUAAGAAUUGGCUCAAUGGCAACGGGUUUUCGGAUAUAUAUAAAUUCACUUAUGUGGUUAUUUAAGAACCCUGGUGGUGCAGUGGUUAAAGCAGUCAGCUGCUAACUGAAAAGUCAGCAGUUCAAACCCACCACUUGCUCCGUGGGAGAAAGAUGUGUCAGUCUGCUUUCACAAAGAUUGCAGCCUUAGAAAUACUGUGGGGCAGUUCUAUCCUGUCCUACAGCAUCGCUAUGAGUUGGAAUCAGCUUGUCAGUGGUGGAUUUGGUUUGGUUUUUGGUAUGUGGCUGUAUCUUAUCUGUAUCUGGUAUGUGGCUAUAUCUUAUAUGUGUUAGAACAGAUGAUUUUUAUUAUUGCCAACCCUAGACACUCCCUUUCCCUUGCACCCAGUUCCCACAUAAUUAGAAAAAGAGAAAGAAAAAAAUCCUCUGACAGUCACUGGCAGUCCUUGAGCUCAGGCUCCUGAGGCCUUAGGGUCUUAGCAAAACCAAACCAAAUGCAUUGCCAUCGAGUCAAUUCCGACCCAUAGCGAUCCUAUAGGACAGAGUAGAACUGCCCCAUAAGGUUUCCAAGGAGCAGCGGGUGGAUUCAAACUGCCAUCCUUUUGGUUAGUAGCCAAGAUCUUAACCACUGUACCACCAGGGCUCCUAAGAAGUUAAAAUAUAAGUUUAAUUCCUUUAAGACCACAGAUAAAAUUUGCAUACUGGAAAGCACAAAGCUUGAACUACACAAUUCUCUGUCAUCUCAGUCAAUUUAUCCUUUACUGAGCACUUUGUAUGUGUCAGGCAUUGUGCUACGGAGUCAGCAGUGAAUAUUUACAGUUAGAAGAGCCCAAUUUAGAUUCCUAGGGCUUAGCAGAGGUUUUGAUUUCUCCUUUGGCAGAACACCAGGGAGCAGCACCUGGAGGAGCUGUGCUUUAGGCACUCAAGAUGCAGCAGUGAACAAGCCAGGUGCAGAUAUCUGCUCUUAUGGAGAUCAUUUUCUUAGUCUUUAGUAGCAAUAGACAAGUCAAGACAGAGUGUUGAUUUGUGUGAAUUGUGUUCGGCAGUGCAUUCUCCUAAUAGUAAAUGGAUUUAAAAUUUUCUCUUCUAAAAUUGAACAGGAUGUAAGUCACUCAAGACAGCAGAAAAAAUCUAGUUUUUGAAAUUUAAUAACUGGAAUGUUUGUUGUGAUGAUUUUUUCACAUGAGAGUUAUGUCACCAUUUUCUAUUAAUACAAUGGCCCAAUUGCAUAACGUUUGAAAGAAAAAAAAUAUUGACAAAGAAUCUUAUCAAUGGUACACGUUGGUCAAUCCUUGUAAUACUUCUUGAUUAUACUCAUUGAACUGCAAUAUUGCUUUCCUCAUAAGUUGUCAGACAUAAUGUGUUUAUAAGUUUAUAAAAUAAAAGGCCAGUAGCUAGGUGGCAGUGAUGUUACAUACAUGUUCGCUUCUCUAUAAAUACUACUUGUAUGUAACUUUUGGUUUCAGAAGUUACUAGGUCUUGGCCGUGAUGACUUCUUCUUUUCCAACCUCCGUGGCACUUUUUGCUCUACUUACCCUGAAUGUCGGUGCCCUGGACACUUGCCUAGCUGCAGUGUAUGAACAUGCUAUCAUAUUGCCAAAGAACACAGAAACACCCAUUUCUCAGCAAGAUGCCUUGCUCCUGACGAACAAGAAUAUAGAUAUUCUGGAGAAAGCAAUUAAACAGGCAGCUGAAAAGAUUUGUACUAUGCUGAAGUGCAGAACAACUGCCUUAGAAACUUGUGGUGACUCAGUCGAAGCAGCUUCCACCAGCUUUGAAAUGUUCUCCCUCAGCGGCACUUUUGGAACCCAGUAUGUCUUCCCUGAGGUGUUGCUGAGUGACGUUCAGCUUGCACCUGGAGAAUUUCAGGUAUCAAGUGAUGGACGCCUGUUUAGCCUGAAGCCAACAUCCGGACCUGUCUUAACAGUAACUCUGUUUGGGAGGUGGUAUGAGAAGGACCAGGCAUUGAAUGCUUCAUCAGAGUUCAGGGCACAAGCACUAAGACUGAUGAAAAUAGCUCUCAUGAUUAUUGUAUUAACUAUAGUAACUAUUUGGUACUUUUACUGAAAACCAAAUCCAGGGCCAUGGAGUCAAUUCCAACUCACAGUGACCUCAGAGGGUUUUAAAAGCUGUUAUUUUUAUGGAAGCAAACUGCCACAUCUUCCUCCUGCAGAGCAGCUGGUGGCCUGGAACUGCUGACCUUUUGGUUAGCAUGGAGCACUUUAAUCACAGCACCACCAGGGCUCCUUGCAUACUUAUUAAGUUGGUAGAAUAUUUAUUGACAUUCUGUAGUUCUCACCUUUUUCUUCCUCAUUUUUUUUUUCUUUGAAUAAUCUUUUAAAGAUGAAUGUUGGAGAAAACAAGAAUGGGUCCGGACUUUUUGAAAAUCGUGGUCUCAGGUAUAAGACCAGAGUUCAAGUUACCAGUCAAACACACACACCCACACCCACACAGACACACCCUUCUGAUAAUACAAACUGGAUAAAUCGUACUAAUAUUUUAAAAGAUCAUAUCUGUAGGAUUAGAAGAACAAUUGUACUCCUUAGUUUUUUUGUUUUUUUUUUAUAAUUUAAAUAAGUUAACAUAUUUAAAGUACUAAGACAAGUUCCUGACUCAUGGAAACAUUCCCUAUGUGUUACCCAUUACUAUUAAAUGUGACUAUAACAAGAAAACCGAUUGUUAUGUAUUUAUUUCUAAAAUCAUAUCACCUCUGAUUGUUUGAAGUACAUAUGUUUUCAUGAGGUUCAGCCCCCCAACAUAUUUCAAUUAGAAAAUCAAUAAACCUAGCAACCCUGGACUGGCUUUCACUGGGUAUCCAGCACGGAUGGAUUCCAGAAGGCAGUUGGCUUCUAGGAACCCGUGGGAGGUCCUUCACGUUUUUCUGUGUCUUUUUCGGCAGUGAUUUAGUGCCUACUUAGUGCCUUGCUUAUCUGGUCAG